AUGGCCCCCGAAGUCGAUACCAUGGUGGACGCCGUCCACACCGAGAAAUCGUCCACAGGCUCGAUCAAAGAUGCGUCCACGUCGGUCGAGCAUGCCCCACCCCCUCGUCUCGUUGGCGAGGAGACGGAGAAGCGCCUGAUAACGAAACUUGACCGGCGCAUCAUCCCCAUCUGCUGCUGGAUCUAUCUCAUGAACUUCAUGGACCGAGUCGGUAUCGGAAAUGCGCGUCUCUUCGGCAUCGAGGAGGACCUGGGCAUGACCAAGGGCAGCAACCAGUUUCAGCUCGCCGUUUCGAUUCUCUUUGUCACCUACUGCCUAUUCGAGACGCCAUCCAACCUCAUCAUCAAGAGGAUGAAGCCUGCGCGGUACCUGGCAGGCCUCAUCUUUUUUUGGGGCCUUGUCGCCACGUUCACUGGCUUCGUCGACAGCUACGGCGCUCUCAUCGCCUGCCGCCUGCUGCUUGGUCUGUUCGAGGCAGGUCUGUUCCCUGGCAUCAUGCUAUACUUGACCACGUUUUACACCAAGAGGCAUAUCUCUCUUCGCAAUGCCUACUUCUACUCCAUCUCGGCCAUCUCUGGUGCUGUCGGUGGCCUCGUCGCCUACGGCAUCGGCCAGAUGGACAAUGGCGGCGAGGGCACGGCCGGAUGGCGCGCCUGGCGCUGGAUUAUUACCAUCAACGGCAUUUCCACCGUCGUGACGGCGCCGCUUGUUCUCUGGAUUCUACCCAACGACCCCGAGACAGCAAGCUUUCUGUCUGCUGAAGACCGUCAAAAUCUCGUCCUCCUGCGUCAGCAGGAGAUUGGGCAGACAGCGUCCGGCCAACACAUGCACAAGGAAGAUGUCAUUGCCGGAAUCAAGGAUUGGAAGAUUUGGGCCCUGUCCUUCGCCCAGUUCUGCAGCCACUCGGUGCUCUACAGCUUUAGCGUAUUCUUGCCCACCAUCAUCCGGGACAUGGGCCAGGACGACUGGGGCGACGCUGAGAUCAACGCCCUCACCAUCCCGGUCUACAUCCUGGGCUUUGGCACCUACCUCACCGCUGCCAUGUACAGCGACCGCAUCCAGCAGAGAGGGAUCUUCUGCAUAGGAGGUGCAGUCGUCAUGAUCAUCGGGUACGCCCUUCUUCUCGCGCACCAGUCCGUAGCCAUGAGCUUUGUUGGCUGCUUCUUCGUCUCGGCCGGCCUCUGGACCUGUUCUGGCUCAGGCAUGGCCUGGAUCACUGUCAACCAGCCUCGGUACGGCAAGCGCGCCUUUGCCAGCGGCAUCUUCAUCACCAUCGGCAAUGCCGCAGGUGUCCCUGCGCCAUUCCUCUACACCGACGAGUACAGCCCCCGAUACAUCCCCGGUUACAGCGCCGCCAUUGGCAUGCUUGUCUUCGCCAUUGCCGUUCAUACCACGAUUUACUUCCACCUGAGGAACAAGAACAAGCGCAAGCUUGCUGGCCUCGAGGACUGGAGAAUGGAGGGGAAGACAGAGGAGGAGAUUAACGAAAUGGGAGAGCACAACCCCAGGUAUUUGUACACGCUAUAG